ACCGUGCGCCCUCUCUGAUUGGUCGGCCGCUCCUGCCUUGGGCGAUGACGUGAUGCCUCGUCCAUGAUAGUCCAGCACACCGGCUGGGAGAGAGGGAAGACGUAAUGCUUUUGACUCCUUCUGCACUUGCGAUGAUUGCGACUCCUGCAUUACUCUGCACAUUCCUCAAGCGGGAGGCGCAAUGAAGGCGGGGGCCUCGUCCAUGUGGGCGUCAUGCUGCGGGCUGCUGAACGAGGUGAUGGGCACAGGCACGGUGCGGGCGCAGCCGCCCGGCUUCGGGGCGGGGGCGGGGCCUUUCCGCUUCGCCCCCAGCGGCGGGUAUUCCACGUACCCCCCCACCAGCUCAGGGAGCGCCGGACAGCUGUGCAAGGCCUGCGGGCUGGCCUUCUCCGUCUUCAGACGCAAGCACGUCUGCUGCGACUGCAAGAAGAGUUUCUGCGCCCUGUGCUCCGUGCUGCAGGAGGACCUGCGCUGCUGCACCACCUGCCACCUCCUGCGCGGCACCGCCUUCCAGAGGCCGCGCCUCAUGCAGCUGCGGGUCAAGGACCUGCGGCAGUACCUGCUGCUACGCAACAUCCCCACGGACACGUGCAGGGAGAAGGAGGACCUGGUGGACCUGGUGCUCUGCCAUCGGGGGACCAGGGAGACCUCCACGCCUGUGGCGGAGGAGGAGGAGGAGGAGGAGGAGGAGGAGGAUGACGAGGAGGAGGAUGAAGAGGAGGAGGAUGGAGACACACACGAGGAGGAGGAAGAUGACACAGACAGUCUCCACUCACAUGGCGCCUCGCCCCCCUCCCCCACUCGCUCCGCCUCCGAACAGUCACUCGUCUCUGCCUCUCAGGGAGUCGUGCUCAGCCCAAGUGACAGCUCAGGGACCCCCAGUCAGGAGCAGGAAGACACGCCCACAGCCUCCCUCCUCAAUCUGGACAACGCAGAAAAUAUCAUGGAAGUCAGCCCGGCGACGCAGAGGAGGAUCCGGGCCUCGCUGUCCGACUUGGACAACGAGGACGCCAUCGAGAAGCUGUCGGUGCGUCAGCUCAAGGAGAUCCUGGCCAGGAACUUUGUCAACUACUCGGGCUGCUGCGAGAAGUGGGAGCUGCUGGAGCGAGUGCAUCGACUCUACAGGGAGAACGAGCAGAACAGGAAGUCCAUCGAAAAUGUCAGCAUUAAUGCAGUGGUGGCGUGUCCUCCACCCGUGUGCCAGAGUGCAGACGCAGACGGCGUGAAAGGCCCGCUGUCCGCCGACGACAACCUGUGCCGCAUCUGCAUGGACGCCGUCAUCGACUGCGUGCUGCUGGAGUGCGGUCACAUGGUCACGUGCACCAAGUGCGGCAAGCGCAUGAACGAGUGUCCCAUCUGCCGGCAGUACGUGGUGCGUGCCGUGCACGUCUUCAAGUCCUGACGCUCUGGGCAGGGCGGGACUUCUCUCCACGCCAAAGGGACUGGACGCGGAGCGGGCGGGUUGAGGGCAGGGUUCUAGAGUCAACACGGUUUACACUGUCCGUCUACUCCAUGUGUGCAAUAUGAUCCAACAGGAGACUUACUUUGUGGAAAAUACAAACUGUUCAUUCUCAUGUUAGCAGAAGGUGUAAAGAUGCCAAAUAACACGCCUACACACUUUUUUAUCUUUACAAUCUUCUUUUUCUUUCUCAUCACCAGCAAGCUGGGGUGUGUUUAUGUUGACACCGACAACCCUCAGUAGCAGUUUAUAAUAAGGGUGCCAACAUGGCUCAUUUGAUUUAAUUUGACUUUUUAUUUAUUACAUUUUUUUUAUUUAAAAAUGUUGAUCACUUAUAUAAGGUUAUUAAAAAUGUAAACAAUAAUUACAUUUUUUUUCCUCACCAAAAAUGUUAUGAAAAUAAUUUUACUAUUUAUUCAAUUACAUUUAUUUUAUUCAAAAAUAUUAGGGCCACAUUAAUCACUUAUAUAAGGUUUUUAAAAAUUAGAAGAGUAAAGUUGUAUUUUUUUCCCCCCAGUUUUUUUUUUUUCUCACAAUUUUUUUUUUAAUUAAUUACAUUUAUUUCAUUUAAAAAGUAUUAGGGCUGCAUUGAUCACUUAAAUUAGGUUGUGAAAAAUGUAAACAAUAAUUUUAUUUUUUUUCCUCC